UGAGGUAAAGUGCAGGGUGAGGAGAGACAGAUCCCGGUGGGGUUGGGCUGAACGGCCUGUUUCCACCCUGUAGGGAAUCUAACCUAACACUGACCCAUUCAUCUUUGUGACUGUGGGAGGAGACCCACACAAACUACACACAGUCACCCGAGGCUGGAAUCGACCCUGGGACCCUGGCUCUCUGAAGUACAAGUGCAGCACUACCUGGAAAUGUGGCGGGGCAGGAUAAACUGAAGCAUUCAAGAGGACACUGGAUGAUUAUUUGGAUAAAAAUAAUGUCAGAAAGAAGAAAUCACCCAAGACAACUGAGCAGAUUGCUGAGGAUCAUAAAAUGUACCAUGUUGUCUAGUUUCCUGAGGUGUGCUGCUGGGCCAGUUAUUUGCUGUGCCAAUUGCUGGAGUCAGCGUAAGUGUGCUGUUCGGAUUGUAAAGACCUAUCAAGUCUUCAGGAAGAAGCUGAGCACUACAACAUCCUUAUUAAUAAAAACAGAACAGGUUUUCACCAGAGCUGGAAAUUUUGCAGAAAGACUUGCAAUUGUGGAUCAUAAUGGUCGUUACACAUACAGAGACCUGUAUCUACAUAGUCUGGCCCUUUCAAGAAAGAUUCGUUGUGCAUUAGGAUGUCUUGAUGGUGACAUCAAGGAGCAAAGAAUUUCAAUCCUGUGCCCUAAUGAUGUCUCGUUUGUUGUUGCUCAGUGGGCAUCUUGGAUGUCUGGUGGGGUGGCUGUGCCCCUGGGCAAAAAGCAUCCAGCUCCAGAACUCAAGUAUGUUGUUCAGGAUUCUCAGAGCUCAUUAAUAAUUGUGGAGAAGAAUUAUUUCGAGUUAAUGACACCAAUCGCUGACAGUCUAGGUGUGAAGUGCCUUCAGUUACCAGGUUACAGUCAGUUCCAAGAAUCUUCUGAUAUGGGACAGCUGGGAAAAUGUGGUGCUGCCCCUGUGCCAGAUGCUGGUUUUGUUGUCACAGACUGGAAAGAUAGAGGAGCCAUGAUACUGUACACGAGUGGAACAACAGGGCGCCCGAAAGGAGUCCUCAUCACCCAUGGAAUACUGUACCAUCAGAUUACCAGCCUUGUGAAACAAUGGGAAUGGAGCAAGGAUGAUGUUAUUCUCCAUGUCUUACCGCUACAUCACCUCCAUGGAAUUCUCAAUAAACUGCUAUGCCCUCUCUGGGUGGGCGCGACCUGUGUGAUGCUGCCAGAAUUCAGUGCCCAGCAGGUUUGGGAGUACCUGCUGAAAACUGAUUGCCCAGAAGUCCCUCGGGUCAACAUGUUCAUGGCAGUGCCGACUAUAUAUGUCAAACUCAUUGAGUACCAUGCCAAGUACUUCACACAGAGCCAUGUGAAGGACUUUAUACACAGUGUGUGCCAGAGCAACAUCAGGUUAAUGGUUUCAGGAUCUGCUGCUCUUCCUGAACCAAUGCAGAGGAAAUGGAAAGAAAUCAGUGGCCACACAUUGUUAGAGCGAUAUGGAAUGACUGAAGCAGGAAUGAUUCUGUCCAAUCCAGUCCAUGGAGUCCGUGUGCCAGGAGCUGUUGGGACCCCAUUGCCUGGAAUGGAAGUGCGCAUUGUGAUGGAAAACCCUACAAGGAAUCAUUCUUCCUACACCGUCAUCGCUGAGGGGAACAGUAGAGAAACUAAGGUGAUGCCUGGAAUGGAAGGCAAGGAUGGAGAGCUGCUGGUUAAAGGAAAUUCAGUGUUUCGAGAAUAUUGGAACAGAACAAAAGAAACACAGGAAUCGUUUACAUCGGAUGGCUGGUUCAAGACAGGGGACACGGUGUGUUAUAGGGACGGGGUUUAUUGGAUCCUGGGUCGCAGCUCUGUCGAUAUCAUUAAGAGUGGAGGACACAAGAUCAGCGCCCUGGAUGUUGAGUGCCAUCUUCUGGGACAUCCGCAUAUUUCAGAUGUUGCAGUUAUUGGUGCUCCUGAUAUGACCUGGGGACAGAAGGUGGUUGCAGUUGUACAGUUAAAGGAAGGAUGUUCACUAUCCCAGAAGGAGCUGAAGGAAUGGGCCAGGCAGCAUUUACCCACCUACAGUCUCCCCACGGAACUGAUCCUUGUGGAAGAGAUACCUCGCAACAAUAUAGGAAAAGUGAACAAGAAAGAUUUGCUCAAACAUUUUUAUCCCCCAACCAGCAAAUAGACUGGAUUCCUGCAAGUCACAGUUUCUGCACCUUGCUAUCUCAUCAUCACGACAUAGUGAAGAUCUAAAACCUUCUCAGAUCCCACCUUAGUCUAAUCCUCUCCAGUCAUCUUUAAUAGGGAACAAAUAACAGAUUGGCAUCAUUGGGGGCAGAAUGAUUGAACGAGACAUGGUGCCCUUUAUUAAUGGUAUCGAGUGGAACACUUUCUACUGGUCACCUGCUUGCUGACCAGUUGAAAUCGGACUGUAGCCUAACUGCCAGGACAAAGACUUUUGCCAUUAAAAUAUAAAUCUGAA